GAGGGGAAUGGAGGCAGUGCAGCUCAAGGUGCAGCCCUUACUCGGAUGAGCAAAAAAGGCUUCCAGGCAAGGCGAUUGUUCUGUCUCUCAGGCAACCAGACACGCUCCCUAAAUCUCUUGGGCGCAGGUGAAGCAGCGGAGGUGGAGGGGAGAUUGGCAUCGUCGAGAGCGUCGCAAGCCGACAGGGUGAGGGAGUGAACAGUGCGGGGGGCCAGGGUGCGUCAACAAUAAUUUGCGACGUCGUCUUGCCCGCCCGCGUCAAACGGCCCCGCCAAUCUCCAAUCUCUCGCACCAGCUCCCGCUGCUUCAACGGCUCGUAUCCGGCACUCCCGCGUGCGGGGAGACGUCAUGGCGAGCUCUGCUGCCGUCCGUUUCAUCGCCGCAAAAGGCGCAAAGGGCUCCUUGGGCUCCAUCUCCCUCUCCUGCCAUGUCAAGCCCGGCGCUAGCGCCAAGCGCGAGGGCAUCAACGACCUCACCCCCGACUGCAUCGAGCUGUGUGUCUCUGCCCAGGCCAAGGAGGGUGAGGCGAACAAGGCGGUGCAGAAGCUGAUCGCCGAGGUUUUGGGUGUGCCCAAGUCAGAUGUCGAGGUAGCCAAGGGCAUGAAGUCAAGAGACAAGACCGUCAUGGUCUACAACAUGAGCAAAAACAAAAGCCCAGAGGAACAUGUUUUAUUUACUAGAAACGCCUUACAGGCAGCGAUACAAGAUUAAGACAAUCAUUAAUGCUCCUCGCUAAAAGUGCUGUACAAAAAACUCAUGUGGAUAGUCGUUCGAGAUGUCUUCUUCGAAGCGUUUAAGUUUAAGCGUACUGCCAAGCAGCGGCGCCAGUGCCGGUGUAGUUGGAGGUCAGAAAGUCGAAG